AUGAUUGCCUCAAAGCCCAUCGUUCUCUACGGGCACAGUUACACCCCCAACCCAUCAAAGGUGGUCAUGAUUCUCGAGGAGCUAAAGAUUCCAUACGAACAUAUCAUCAUCGACCUCGCCGUCGUAAAGGAGGAACCCUACCUCUCCAUCAACCCAAACGGCCGCCUCCCGGCCAUCAAGGACCCUAACACGGGCAUCACGCUCUGGGAGUCGGGCGCCAUUGUCGAGUACCUAGUCGAGACUUAUGACGACACCGGCGCGCUGUCCCUCGCGUCGAGAGAGGAUAGGUUCCUUUUGAAGCAGUGGUUGCAUUUCCAGGUGUCUGGCCAGGGCCCGUACUUUGGCCAGCUCGGCUGGUUCAAGCUCUUCCACCCCGAAGACGUCCCUAGCGCAAAGGAGCGGUACGAAGAGCAGACCGUCCGCGUCCUCUCCGUCCUCGAUCGCGCUCUCAAGGGGAAGAAGUAUCUCGUCGGAGACAAAGCAAAACUCAUUGGCGAAGGGUGGAACGCAAAGUGGGAGGUCGACUCCAAGUAUCCCGACUACGCCGCCUGGGGUGAGAGAAUCCGCGCCCGGCCUGUGGUUAAGAAUGUACUGGAGACCAUGGGAAAACAGAGGGCUGCUGAGGAGGAGCAGGCUAAAGCUCAGAAGUGA